AUGAAAGUUAUAAAAAGAGACAAGAGAUUUUUUCAUAAGAAAAACGAAACAAUAAUUUCAUGCUCUACAGUGAAUUAUGCAGCCAAGGAAGUCAUCUACGAACUUACGUCUUCACCUAAAUUGAAGUCGUCAGACGUGGCACUGACUUUUGAAUUUGAUUCUCCAAUAUUCUUUCAAGAGUCUGAGUUGAAAGGACUCAUACAUUUAGCUGUAAAACCCAAAGAGCAAUCGGUUGAUUUCAUACGAAUCGAAGUUCAGGUUCUUGGGAUCAGCCAGUGUAAACAAGGUCAUCCAACGGUAUUUUUUUGUACAGGAAAGAGUAUAAUGGAUCGAAAGUACACAGUUCCAAACGAAUUGGCAGAGUACGCAAUGAACACAACAGGCGAUUAUUCAAUUGCUAUUCAGCACACUCAAGGAAUACCAGUAGCUUUUGAAAUAGACCUUUACGGACAAGCGGGAGGUCCUGGAAGGCAAAGCACUCCACACUUCAAAGUAAACUAUUAUAUUUAUGCCAAUGCGAUUUACCAAUUUGGGGAUAAAGUAAAAAAGGUAAGAGAAUGUCAAGAGAUCAACGUUCUUCCUAAGAUGCUUUCAUCAAGUUUCUUGUUAUCACCCCCAUUAUUGUGUGUCAGCAAACCAAAACCAAAAAUAGGAUUUUGCAAGCAAAAUACUGCAAACCGUCUUACAGUCAGGCUUCCGAGAUCGCAAUGGCUAGGAGGAGAGUCAAUUAUUGCAUAUGUUAAAAUGGAAAAUUAUGGCGACUACGAAAUCAAACAUUUGAAUCUGUCGCUCUUCAAACGUAUUACUAUAUUUCGAGGACCAUUGGGAAAAAAAGAUCAACCGGACGCAUUAUCUCGAGUAAAAAAGCGUAAUUCUAUCCGUAAAGAAAUUUGGAUAUGUGUACAAAAGGAAGAGAUCCACGACAAAAGAAAGAGCGGCUACUGUAAUUGGCAAGAAAUUAGUACGCUGGGAACACAUACGAUGGAAUGUCAAAUUCGGGUUCCACAAAAAGAAGUAACCAUAAAUGUUGGAUCAGACUUUCAGGUAGAAUACGUACUACAAGUUUUGGUUGGGUCUAAAUGGAGGACAUUAAAUUGCAUAAAAAUGCCGAUCCAAAUUAUUCCAGCGUGUGCUCCGCCUGCGGGACAAGACGCUAGUUUUGUGGAUGCAGCAAUAUACAAUUCGGAAGAUGAGUCUAUUGUAUUGCCACAAAAUCCUCCAAGUGAAUUCCAUCGGGUAUCUUACGAACCUCACCCAACGGCGGAGCAUGUGAGUACACACGACUAUGUGUUUUUCGGUUAA